AUGGCGAAUCUCGCGCAGCAGCUCGCGAGGCUGCAGCUCGGCGCCUCGGGGGCGCGCCACCGGCCCUCUCGGCGCCUCAACGACGCGCCUCCCAUCAGAUCCAACAUCUCCUCUGUCUCUCUGCAACGCAGCUCGAUCCAGUUCUCGCUCCUCUCGACGCUAAACUGUCCGCCGCAACGCGUCCUGGCGCUCGGAGAUGGGCCCGAAGUGCCGAUUAACGGCCAAACCACAGGCUUCCUGCCCUCCGGGCCGGCCUUCCAAGUCUCAUACGCGUAUAACAAGCCUCUAUUAGCGGCUGUGGACGAGGAGGGGGCCGUGGGGAUCGUGGAUGUCGCUGUUGGACGUCGAAAAAGCCGCUGGGUGGGCCAUGACAACGCCAUCUUCGACGUCAUGUGGACGCAGGACGACGCUCAAGUGCUCACGGCAGCUGGGGACCUGCAGGUUCGAGUUUGGGACGUGGAGACGGCCGGAAGCAGCUCUGGGACGGAGGUUACGCCCGUCUCGACGCUGACAGGGCAUGAUAUGAGUGUGAAAUGUGUCCGCCAGGCUCCGGAUAGUGCUCACGUGUUUGCUUCAGGUGGACGAGAUGGGAAUGUGUUGCUCUGGGAUACGCGCGCGCCGGGUAAACCCGUGUCUGCACUGGAGAACGUGCAUGCAGAGCCGACUUCGUCCAGAGCCUCGUCGCCGAAUGUGAGCUUCACGUCGCCGAUUCAGAAGAGAAGACGGCGUGGUGCUGCUCCGCCGUCGACGUCGUCGCCACGCAGUGUUACGUGUGUGGAGUUUGGAGCUACAGGGAAUGAGAUCAUCACGGCAGGUGCAGUGGAUGCAGUGAUAAAGUUCUGGGAUGUCCGACGUGUUGGGUCGAGCUCUUCAACUGGUGGCCGUGGCAAGAAGAAGGCGGCGGUUAAAGCUCCGGUGCCGACUCGUGAGAUCUCGUGCUCGACGCGUGAAGGUUCGCGCCGUGGUAUUUCGUCGUUAACCUUCCGUAAGGGUGGGGUAGGAGGUGCGUCUCGCCUUCUUGUUAACGUGCUGAGCGACUCGCUGGCUGUGAUUGACAUUGGACAAAAGCAACACGACGCUAGAACGGUUCUUCGCUGCACCGGGCACCAAGCCACUUCGUUUUACAACAGAGCAACGUUCAGUCCGGAUGGAAAUUUCAUUGCUGGAGCAUCCGCGGACAGUGUCGUGUACCUGUGGGACGCGCGUGUAAGUACUUCGUUUGAUGGUUCCCUAUCGGCAUCGAGGUCCGCUCUCGGCGUCGAGCAACGUGCACCAUGCUUCGCGCUAAAGGGCCACCUGAGCGAGGUGAAUGGAGUUGCUUGGAGCUCUCACGACUUCACCCAACUAGCGUCUUGCUCGGAUGAUGGUACAGUGCGCUGUUGGCAGGUUGGUGGAGAACGGGGCCAACGCACAGGACCCCGGCAACGAGAAACCACUGCAGAAUCGACGAAGCCGUUUGAGCUCCAGUUGGCCCCAAAGAGUGAUUCAUCUGAAGCAGCUACGAAGACGGAAUGGGCGAACUGGAGUGGGUUUGUUGAGCAGCCAGAAGGUUUUGCCUACCGCGUUCGAGGUAACGAGUCGGCACUAGCACCGCGCCCUUCAUCGCCAAGGCGCAGGCGAGUCUCCACAGCGGAUACGCAAAAAGGUUCACCUCAGUGCACGCGGCGUAGCACCGAACCGCGACUGCACCCUGUCCACGAGACCCCUGCUGCUCAGCAACAGCCACAACAGGAACCGCAAGACGCACACGAAGAUCAACCACAGCAAAAGCGGCGCAUCAAACUACACCGCAAGAAGCAGAAGCAGCCUCCAGCACAACCGAAGCGAGCUCAGCGAACCCUGCUGGAACUUUGGGGGCGGUAA